AUGUACACUUUUGGUAUGAUUUGUGUAGGUGAGAAGCCUGACGUGGAACGGAACCCACCCAUCCUAAACCACAACAGCAGGGGGCGCUCCACCAGUUCCUGCAACUGUGGGAGAAUGCAGGCGCCACGUGAGGAUCCUUUUGAGUUCCAGGCUGCCAAUUAUGACUUUUAUCAGAUGCUGGAGGAGAAGUGCUGUGGGAAGCUGGAGAGGAUCGAGUUCCCGGUCUUCCAGCCCAGUACUGCUGAUCCAGCUCCUGCCUGCAACCAACCUGUGCGAUCCCUCUGUGAGGGUUCAGGAUCUGGGGACACUGAGAGGUUGAAAGAGCCGAGCACUGCUCACAGCCAUACGCCUGGAGACACGAGCCUUAGCCUUGCCCUCAGCCUAGGACAGUCUACGGACAGCCUGGGGCCCUACAGUGAAGGGAAUGGAGCUGAAACUCAUGUCCAGCCUAAGCGACCAAGUGUCAUUGACCGCCAGCCAUCUACUGUAGAGUACCUGACUGGUAUGAUGCAUUCUGGUUGCCUCAAGGGCCUCUUGCCAAAGUUCUCCAGCUGGUCUCUAGUCAAACUGGGUCCAGCUCGGUCAUACAACUGCCACACUGGUCUGGAACAGCCAGGCUUCCUACCUGCUUCUUCCUUCCUCUUGCCGUGGGACUUGGUGAUUCGCUCUCGGUCAGAGGAGGAGGCCGGACUAGCAGAGUCUCUGGACAGAGGGAGCUCUGCGUGGCCUGUCCCUAACAAGGCCCUGGUGGGUAAGCGAGGGAGCACCGGCGGGCUCGGAAGGUGCCGCAGAAGAGAUGAUAUGGCUCGAGCUUUUGUUGGCUUUGAGUAUGAAGAUGGCAGGGGAAGACGCUUCAUCAGCUCUGGGCCUGAUAAAAUCGUGAAGGUGCUGGGGCCUGGAGGUGCCAAGGAUCCUGCCACCAAGGUGCUGAACACUGACAUGCCACUUUAUAUUCCUUCCCCCUCCCAGGGCCGUGGCCUGAAGCCCCACUUUGCCCAGUUGGCUCGUCUUUUUGUGGUUGUACCGGACGCCCCGCUGGAGAUCAUCCUCACCCCACAGGUGCUGCCUGGUCCUCCUCCUUGUCCAGUUUUUCAUCCAGAGCAAACAGAGCUGGUUUUGCCUCCAGAUGGUCUUUGGGUGCUGAGGUUCCCUUACUCCUAUGUUACUGAUCACGGACCCUGUUUCCCUCCCAAAGAGGGCCAACCGCUCAACAACUACAAGGUGUUAAGAGGCCUCCUUAAAGUCACCACUGCCAGCCCUCCACCACAGUGAACCCCAGCUGCCGUCUCUGCUCUCAGACUUUGCUCUGUAUAUUCUCAAAGAAAAAUAGAAUCUUUUCUCUUGAUUAAAUGCUCCUGAUUGGGAUUUUGGGUACCCGGUUCAGGAUAGUAAGGUCAGUGCUGUGGAUUAAGCAUGCAGCACUAAGUUCAAGGAUCUCAGCUCUAACCUGACCCAUGUGGAUUUUUUGGAGGCCUAACGUGAUGCCAUUGUACCAACCAGCCAUUGUACAUCACACUGUAUUUAUAUAAAAGACUUUAAAUCUG